AUGGUUGGCAAAAGGAGACCCAUUGCCUCCUGUAACCAGACACUCUCGGGCUUUCCAGGAGCCCAGGGAGAGAGCCGAGAAGAAAGGGGGCAGUGUGGUCUAGGAAAAUCCAACUUGUCGCUGAUUUGUGCCCGAUGCUUGCUGUCCGAAAAGGAAAAGGGAAGGGAGAGAAAAAGGAGAGACCCUGAACUGAACAGAGGAUUGUGCCUGCGAAGAACCUACAGAGCCAUCCAUCCACCUUGCUCAGGCUGGAAUAAAAGAAGAAAAAGAAGGAGGAAAGGAAAGGAAACAGAAGGAAAGAAAAAAAAGGGAAGAAAAAAAUUUUUUAAAGAGUCAUCUUCCCACCCACUUCCCCUCCCUUUCGUUUCAUUUUUGGAGGCGGCACUAGGAGCCAUCUCCGCAGAGGAAAGCCCAGCUUCCAGGCAGACGCGAGGAAGCGACGAUCUAUCAGGCAAAGCGCCCUGCAGCUCACAUUUCCCCCCCUGGCCCGGACGGUGCUACUGGAGGCUGCAGCCCGACUCCACUUCCAAUGGUCGUGUUGAUGUCCUUUCAGCUGGUCCUAUAGUCCCCCCUCCUCAGGAAUGUAUCCGCAGUGAAAGGACACAGACCACAGAGACUGCUGUCCUGAUGGACGCUCAAGCCAAGCCGACUGUGAAGUGGAAACAAAGAAAGCGAUCACCUGAAGACACCUCUCCUGCCAAGCGACACACCCACAUGCUGCAGCUUCAGCCAAUAGAAUCUCAGAACAAGAGGCAAGCUUUUCAAGAAACAGAAACACUUAAGAAUGACAUCUAGAUUUCGAAGGAGCCCAGGACUUUCCCUUCGUCAUGUGUAUUCCUCUUUUUGUAUUUAAAUUCUGUGUGACAUUCAUUUUUAAAAAACUUUUUUUCUAGUAUGAAUGAAUAUGCUUAUUAAUGCACCAGUUUUUCAAAUAGAAAGUUGUUCAUGCCAGAAGUAAAUUGAAUGUUAGCCACACACCGAAUUUGACCUUCAGAGUGACUUAAAGAAUAUAAAGUUCUUUUGAAAUAACGAAAUAGUGGGAGGCAAUCCAAAGGAUAAAAUAAUGGUGAGAACUCAGACUGUGGCAUAGAAAUACAAGAUCCCGCUGACGCCAACCAACCAACCAACCAUUCUUUUUAUCAGGCAAGCUAGGUUCUGUGAGAUGUGGUCAGUGCCUCUAAAGAGUUUAAAUCUAGUGAGACAGAGGCACAUAAACUUUUGAAAAGAUAAGUAACAAAUCAGGUCAACUGAUAAGAGCAAAACCAAAACAAAGCAAAAGAUAUAAACAAGGAGCUCAGAAGUCACCUUAAGCUGGACAAACUUGUCUGUUUAGGGAAGAAAGUUCCCAAAGGAGGAAAAUACAAGAUGAAUCUUAAAGGCUGUUAAAGAUUUAGAUAAGUGGAAAGGAAGGAGAAAAUAGAGGCCUUUAGAUGGAUGCAAUAUUGUGAGAAAAGUCAGAGAGGAAAGCAUCUACGUGGUGGUUUUAGGGAAUUAUGAAUAUACAUGUCUCGUGUACUGCAUCCCAGACUUUCAGUGCCAAUGUAUAGAUAUAUAUGUACGGUGAAGACUGUGCACACACACACUUCCCCUCUCCCUCCCUAGGGGUAGCCUAGAAUUAUAAUCAUAUUUCUUCCAUUAAAGCAACUGAUGUGAAGAUUUGUGAUUUUUCUGUUAGCCUAGUAACAGUGGAUAUUUAUUGAGUUCUCACUACAUGUUAAGCAUUUUCUUUGUUAACUCUCUUAAGCCUCACAACAACCCUGCCAAAUAGGUGUUUUUUAUUCCCAUUUUACACAAAGAAAACUGAGUUUUAAUGAGGUUAAGUAACUUGCCAAACUGCCACAUACAGGGUUCACAAUCAGAAUUGCGAUUGCAGAGCUCAUGAUCUAACACACUAAGUCACAAUAUUGCUACCAACGUUGCAAUAUUACCACUUCUAUAUUCCUUGAUAGUUUUCUGUGGUAAAUAAAUAGCUAUUUCCUUUAAUUAGCUUCUCAAAUUUUUCAGUUUCCUGGUUAAACUCGCAUGAUGGAAUGUAUUUUCAUGAAAGAAAUUGAAAAAAAUUUGGGGAUAGAGCCUAUCAGCAUUUUAGACCUUUUUUUUGGGAGGGGGCCAGACUCUGAUGAAACUGUUCACUUCGGUCAGCAUGAAAUCUCAACUUCUUGAGAAUAAAAAUAGGAGGUGGGGAGAGCUUAAAGGUCAUCUACUGCAAUGUCCUUUUCUACAGAUGUGAUAAAUCCAUAAAGUUAGAGUGACUUACGGAAGAUCACACAUUGAAGUGUAGCAGAGCUAGGUCCAGAAACCAUGCCGCCCUCAGAGGCUCUUGAAAUUCUCCACCCUGUCUAAAUGAAGUGUGAGCUUGAAUUUGAUCAGUGAAAACAUUCUAUCUGGGUGACCAGGGAGCAUUGUACCUAGUAGAUUGCUUCAAUUUUGCACUUCUUUGGCUUCUCACCUCAAUGUGAAAAUUAGCUAGCUACAAACUGACAUCUUUAGUUCCAGAAAUUGUCAAUGGUCCAUCCACAAAGAACACACAAUGGCCCAAGUUGCGUGUGCAAUGUCUUCAAUGAUAUUCUUAAGUUAUUUGGCAUUCUUAGUUCACCUAAACAAACCAGAUCUUCUAAUGAGCAUUUUCUUAACCAGUUUUAUGGACAGUAUGUAUUUGUAAGAGCUUCUGCAUGAAUAUUUAAACACGACUGUUUCAAUAGUCCUUAUAUUUUUUGAAAAUAUCAAUGGUUAUUUGCUAUUUUAAUUGUUACUAACUCAAGAAUACUUCAGCCAUAAAAAACUAGAACUGAGGAAACAUCACUCUUCUUUACCAGCCCCUUUGCCUUCAGUUGGCAUUUAGUAAUGAUUAAUAAAGUGGUCAGCUGGAGAACACAGAAGUUCAAAACGCAAUUUUGUCUUGAAGGAGUCAGUUAAUCUGUGUCUACUUAAGGGCAAGCAUCUAGAUGUUUGGAAGGACCUGAAUAUUUGACUGUUGUAAACUUCUGCUUAGAUAUCUGGCAUUGUCACACUUAGACCUCCUGGUGGCUCAGGUCGUCCUGUUUUCAAAAUGAUGAUCAUUGGCCAUAUCUCACACAGUUCUCAUUAAGUGAACUCAUAAAUAAACAGGUUUUGGUUUUUUUUUUUUAAAACAUAGCCAAGCACAAAAUGUGACUUUGUUGACAUUUUAUGAGACUUUGUCAUAUGUCCCCUGAACCCCCAAUAAAAGCGGUGUUGCAUCAACUGUGAA